AUGGCCGCCGCAAUCUCAUACCGCAUUUACAAGAAUGCUCUUUUUUUCUCCGCCUUGUGGGCCACCGUCAAGGCCCAGCAGGCGGGCACCUUGACUGCUGAGACUCACCCGUCCCUGACCUGGUCGAAGUGCACCAGCGGAGGCAGCUGCACCUCUCAGACCGGCUCCGUGGUGAUCGAUGCCAACUGGCGCUGGGUCCACUCGGUCAGUGGCAGCACCAAUUGCUACACGGGUAAUACGUGGGAUGCCACGCUCUGCCCGGAUGAUGUGACCUGUGCCGCUAACUGCGCGCUGGACGGUGCCGACUACUCUGGCACCUAUGGCGUCACCACCAGCGGCAACUCCCUGCGUCUGGACUUUGUCACGCAGUCAGCGAACAAGAAUGUCGGCUCUCGUCUGUACCUGAUGGAGGAUGCCACCACCUACCAGACCUUCCAGCUGCUAAACCAGGAGUUCACUUUUGACGUUGACGUCUCCCAACUGCCUUGCGGCCUGAAUGGUGCCCUCUACUUUGUGGACAUGGAUACCGACGGUGGUAUGUCGCGAUUCCCCACCAACAAGGCGGGCGCCAAAUACGGCACCGGAUACUGCGACUCGCAGUGCCCGCGCGACCUCAAGUUCAUCGACGGUCAGGCGAACUCGGCGGGUUGGACUCCGUCGAGCAAUAACGCCAACACGGGCCUGGGCGAGUACGGCUCCUGCUGUGCCGAAAUGGACAUUUGGGAGGCCAACUCGAUCUCGAAUGCCGUCACUCCCCACCCCUGCGAUACCCCGAGCCAGGUCAAGUGCGACGCCAACGCCUGCGGUGGUACAUAUAGCACCUCCCGCUAUGGUGGCACUUGCGAUCCUGAUGGGUGUGACUUCAACCCGUACCGCAUGGGCAACCACUCCUUCUACGGCCCGGGCGAGAUUGUCGAUACUAAUUCCGUCUUCACUGUGGUGACUCAGUUCAUUACCGAUGACGGAACAUCCUCUGGUACUCUGUCCGAGAUCAAGCGAUUUUAUGUCCAGAAUGGCAAAGUUAUUCCCCAGUCGGAAUCCACUGUCAGCGGUGUGAGCGGCAAUUCCAUCACUACCGAGUUCUGCUCGGCCCAGAAGGCCGCCUUUGGCGGCGAGGACUCGUUCAGUCAGCAUGGAGGACUCGCAGGCAUGGGCGCUGGUUUGGCGGACGGCAUGGUCUUGGUCAUGAGUCUCUGGGAUGAUUACUAUGCCGACAUGCUCUGGCUUGACAGCACUUAUCCGACUAAUGAUACUUCGACUACGCCCGGUGCUGCUCGCGGUACCUGUGAUAUCUCUUCGGGCGACCCUGCCACGCUCGAGAGCGAUAGCGGCAGCGCCUAUGUGAUCUACUCGAACAUCAAGGUGGGCCCGAUUGGCUCCACCUUCAACUCUGGCUCCAGCUCCAGUUCGACCACCACGACCAAGUCCACCACGACCACGAAGUCUACCACGACCACGAAGUCUACCACGACCACCAAGUCCACCACGACCACCAAGUCUACUACCACUACUACUACCACUGGUUCUAGCAGCACCGGGGCCGCUCACUGGGGCCAGUGCGGUGGCAUCGGCUGGACUGGCGCAACCACUUGCGUCAGCCCCUACACUUGCCAGGCGCAGAAUGCGUACUACUCGCAGUGUCUGUAG